AUGAAGUUCUUAUCAUCCGCUUCGGCGCUGCUUUGCCUGGCCCCGUUGGCCGCCACUGCCACGCCCACUUCGCUCUUCGGAUACUCCCAGGAUGUUAUUGCAGAUGGGAAAGCCGUUCAGGGCGAUAACCCGCUGGAGUAUUGCUCAGAAUCAGAGCCGUCUGGCGACAUUCUACAAAUUGAAUCCGUGGACUUGGCUCCCAACCCUCCUAAGCCUGGUACAACUCUCGUAAUCAAUGCUAAGGGCAAUCUGCACCAGAAGAUUGAAAAGGGCGCCUACGUUGUUUUGGAAGUCAAAUACGGCUUGAUCACCCUCCUCAGACAGACUGCCGACUUGUGUGAACAGCUUGUGAACGUCGACUUGCAAUGCCCCUUGGAAGAGGGUGAGAUGGUCCUGACCAAGCAGGUUGAUCUUCCGAAGCAGAUUCCUUCGGUAUGUAUCAUUAUAUUCCCCGAUGCUGAAGAGCCUUUGUCUAACCUGGCACGUGUGAAACAACAGGGCAGAUACACUGUUCAUGCGGAUGUCUAUACCAAGGACAACAACAGGAUCACCUGCUUGGAUGCCAAGAACAUUCAGUUUUAA